AUGAUGCAUGGUCCUUGUGGUGCUAUGAAUUCUACAUGUGCUUGUAUGCGUAAGCAUAUCGGUUGCAAAGACAAGUAUCCCAAGCAAUUCUGUGAGUCAACAAUACAUACAACCAACUCAUAUCCAGUAUAUCGUCGACAAAAUGACAAGAACAAAGUUAAGAUACAUGGCCAUUAUCUUGAUAAUCGUUGGCAAGAAGUAGUAGCAAAAGAUAUAGAAACUGAGAGAAAUAUACCUGUAGAUGAGAAUGAUCUUCCGGCAAUUGAUCAAUUAAACAAGAAUCAGAGCAAUGCCUAUGAACAGAUCUUAAAUGCCAUUAUAAAUAGUAGCUUAACAUCAUUUUUUGUAGAUGGACCAGGAGGUACAGGGAAAACAUUUUUGUAUCGAGCUCUUCUUGCUAAAAUAAGAUCAACAGGUGGUAUAGCACUUGCAACCGCAACUUCAGGCGUUGCAGCUUCAAUUUUACAUGGAGGUCGUACUACACACUCGCGAUUUAAGGUACCUCUACAUGAUGAUGAUUCCAAAGUUGUCACGUUGGAAAGCAAACUACAAUUGCACAAUGCACAGUUAAUUAGAGAUGCACAACUUAUUAUAUGGAAUGAAGCAAGUAUGGCAAAACAAAAAUCAAUCGAACGCUUUGAUGAAAUGAUGAAAGAUGUCAUUGGUUGCGAUGCGUUAUUUGGUGGUAAAACUGUGGUUUUCGGAGGAGAUUUUCGGCAAACAUUACCAGUUGUGACACAAGGCUAUAAGAAAGAUAUUAUGAAUGCAAGCUUAGUCAUGUCACCUAUAUGGCAACAAUUAACAAAACUGAAGCUACGGGAAAUAUGCGAGCUUGUUCCGAUAAAAAUUUCAGCAAUUUUUUGCUUCGAAUUGGUAAUGACAGAGCUAUCAAAUCAUAUGAAUGAAGUCAAGAUCCCAACACCAAUGAAUGUACCCUUUAUAGAUGAAGCUUCAUCAGUAGAGACUUUAGUGAGUAUGGUAUUCCCAGAUAUGGAGGCAUUCAACAAUAAUCCAUCCUCCAUUGUUAAUAGAGCUAUCUUAAUGACACGAAACGAUUUUGUUCAUGAAAUCAAUGAUAUGCUAAUCGACAAAUUCCCAGGUCCUCGGAAAACAUAUCUAAGUUUUGAUGAAACUCUUGAUGCAUCACACCAACUAGAAAACCAAGAUUUUCUGAACACACUUACACCAAAAGGAUUGCCUCCACAUGAAUUAAAACUGAAAGAAAACUGUCCUGUUAUGUUAAUCCGAAAUAUAAAACCAAGUGAAGGACUUUCAAAUGGCACGUGA